CGCAUUCUCGCGGAACCCUUACUUUUACUUUGCGGAACCCUGGGGUUCCAUGGAGCACCAAUUGGGAAACACCGCCUCAGAGUAUUCAAGUGGAGAUAGCUGAAGCUGAAGAAGUGACCCCGUUACAAAAGACUGCUGACACAUCACUGGUGGAGGAGGAAAUGGCUCAGUCUUAGGGUGGAUGCUGGUCACUACUGGCAGCAGGCAGUGUUCCACCCCUGCUCCCUACCCUCCCACCGCGGUUCUAGAGAACCAUUCUGUUCUGGAUAUGGGGGAUAAGGAAUCACCCCCUUGGGCAGAAGAGAAGAAGCCUUGUACCCCCAAGGCUGGGAGGUUUGCAGCUACUACUGGGAGGAGGAAACAUAGGGUAGUGGUGAUUGGAGGCUCUCUUCUGAGGGGGACGGAGGCACCCAUCUGUCACCCUGACAUAGUGUGUCGGGAGGUGUGCUGCCUGCCAGGAGCCCAUAUCCAAGAUGUUACAGAUGGAUUGUCAUGGAUGAUCCAGUCCUACUACCCCAUACUACCCAUCCAUGUAGGCACAAAUGAUAUUGCAAGGUAUGAUCCUGAGCAGAUCAAGAGUGACUACAGGGCUCUGGGAGUACGGGUGAAGGAGUUUGGAGCGCAAGUGGUAUUCUCUUCAGUCCUCCCUGUCAAAAUUAGGGGCCGAGGCAAAGACAGGUGCAUCCUGGAGGUGAAUGCCUGGCUGCGAAGAUCGUGUCGCCGGAAGGGCUUUGGCUUCCUUGACCAUGGGAUUCUGUUCCAGGAAGAAGGAAUGCUAAGCAGGGAAGGGGUUCACCUUUCGAGGAAGGGGAAGAAAGUAUUUGGAUUCAGACUGGCUAAUCUAGUGAGAAGGGCUUUAAACUAGGUUUGACGGGGGCAAGUGACCAAAGCCUGCAGGUAAGUGAACAGCAUAGGGACCUGGGAGAUGAGUCAGAAAUGGGAGGGAGAAUGGAUUGUAAUAGAGAUAAAUGAGGAACAAGGCAGAACUAUGGGGCAAAAUCAAAUCAGUAUCUUAGGCUAUGUCUAGACUGCAAGCCUCUUUCGAAAGAGGCUUUU